AUUCGACACGACCGCCACGCCGAGUGGUUCGCGAUAUCGCAUAGCCUUGCGCUCGCUGCUGGGCCCCCACGGAGCCCCCACGGGUGCUCCGAUUCGCGACUCGACUUGGCCCCGAACAGCUGCGACAAUAAGACGCGACGAGCCGCGGUCGGCUUCUGUCUGGUAUUUCCGGCGAGAGUCACGGAGGAUGUGAGUCGCUCAUGAAGCACGCCCCACGUCAACCUGGGAGACCGUGCGCGCCAUCCUCGUGUGUCAAAUCUCGAGACUGAUAGACCGACCUGUGCUCCGUAGACGAUCGCGCCGACGGUACGGCCGUGUUAUCCGCUCAGUGAAGUCGUAAAGUGCGCGGAGGAAGCGCGGAGAAAACGCGGAGAACUUCAGGAAGCGCGCGAGUUCGACGAAGGUCGACGCGAGCAAGAGGGAUGUGCAGCGAGCUCUUCGCGCGCUGAAAGUGCGCCGAACUUCCGGUCGAGCUGUCUCGCGGGAGUGCGCGCGAAAUUAAGAUGUGACUUUCUGACUACACACGUUUCCUGGUGAGUGCAUCCUCACAUACAUGGAGUUUCAGUUGGAUAGCGCAGAAUACUGCCAGGCUCAACACAAAUAGAGAGAUACGCCCGUACUCGCUGAGGACUAUUAGGUAUUGUUGAAGCGAGGAGAGAGAGGGAGGGUUAGACACAUCUCGGAGAGAGAAGAAAGGCGAACAUUGAAGUAGAGAAAUAUCACGUACGGGGAGAGCCGGAAAAAAGAAAUCAUCAACUAGUCAUCACGCAAGGCGUAGGAGAAUUUUAAUAGAAACAAUUAUUAAUUUACAUUAGUAGAUGCAAACAUCGUAGUUACUGAGCGCACCUGUCACACGGGAGCACCCAGUGCCAAAUAGAUAAUCUUCCGAGUCAUAGUCGAAAGUCUCUCAAGUGGGGAAGAGUAAAGCGCAUAUCAACACCGCCUAAUGUAACGUAGCCCUUACCCUUUCGGCGAGAUUCGCACCCCGACAACCUCUCUCGAAGUCUACAUGUAAACCCACGGUUCUGUCCUCUGUAAAAAAAUAAGGGAUAUUCUUAUUAGUUAAAUGAGAAGCAACUUUAUAAGACUGACAUUUAAUGGGCUAAGUUGUCAAAUCCAGCCUUUGUCGCUUCGUAUAGUGUGGCACACGUACGAGACUCGCGAAGAGACAAGUUCUAAGAUCUUUUAAGAGUUAAAAACAAUAAGGGGAGAUAGAUAUAUUAUACAACCAUCUGCCGUUAAGAAGGAAAUGAGCAACAUGAGGGUGAAGGAUAUCAGGCCGGCGCCCGCCGAAAUUGAAUACAAAAACAUGAAGUUCCUCAUCACCGAUCGGCCCAAUGAUCAAACCAUCCAUACUUUUAUUCAAGAACUGAAAAAGCACAAUGUAAAGGAAGUGGUGAGAGUCUGCGAACCAACGUACAAAGUCGAAGAACUUAAGUCAGAAGGGAUCAAUGUGAUAGAUUUGGUGUUCGAUGACGGUACAUUCCCACCGAACGAGGUGGUGGAUGAGUGGUUCGAAUUGUUGAAGAAUCGAUUCCGAGAAUCGCCUGAUGCAUGCGUAGCGGUACACUGCGUCGCAGGUCUCGGUAGAGCGCCAGUUCUGGUAGCGGUAGCUCUCAUUGAACUUGGACUUAAGUUCGAAGACGCCGUUGCCCUUAUCAGGGAGAAAAGACGAGGCGCCAUAAACGCGAAGCAGUUGACUUUCCUCGAAAAGUAUCGUCCCAAGUCUCGAUUGAAGAUCAAGAACGGACAGAAGAAUUCCUGCUGCAUCCAAUAGAUGGGAGGAUUUUUUUCGAAAAACGAAAAAAAAAACGGAAAAGUCACUAAUUCACGAUCGAUAUAAAUGUAUAGGUUUUUACGCCUGGCAACAAAUGGUAUAUUGUAGCGAAUCUGUUUUGAAUGGCCUAUCAAUGGAAAUGCAACCGUGAUGAAGAAUUGCAUCUUACUAAUUGCAAUCAACCAGUCGCAAUUUUGAGGCACAUUCUGUCUGUCCAAUUAUGUACUUUGAGACAAGCCAUUAACACAUGAAUUGCUUCAAAUUGUUGCUGUGUUUCCUUUUAUGAAAAUCCUGUAUUUAUUUUUGAUACUUAAUCAAUAUUGAUAAGACAGAAGUUAAGCCUUAAAACUGUAAUAACUAUUUUUAAAAUAUUCGUGAACGAUUAUUGUUGCUACUCAUUCAUGCUAAAAUAUGGAUCAUGACACGUAAGAUUUUUACUCGCACGCAUAUUAUUCAUUAUAAUAUUUUUCCCUAAUAUGGGAGAAGGGGAGAGAAACGGAAGUUCAUUAUAAAUCAUUAUGAAUUGGUUUAUAUAGGAAAAAAAAUUUUCAACUGUAACUGUAAUCAGCUAACACAUGUGGUAUGUAUCGGCUUUUCGUUAUAUCAUUCUUCUUAUUAUCAUUGAAAAUUAUAUUGCGUUUGCAAAAUAAGUAGAAAACAUAGGAUAUUUUUUAUUUAUAGGAAUUUUAACAAGUAUAAUUUGAGAAUCAUUGUUAAGUUUACAUUGAGUGAUUGUACAUUACAUUUCCAAAUAAGUAUAGUCAAGAGAUGAACAAGGCGUUUAUAAGGCAUGUAAAUGACACAUACAAAGAUAUUCAAAACAAAACAUUAAAAUCUGAUUACAUGUAAUUCCAUUUAAAAAAAAAAAGUAUGUCUUGACUACUUAAUAUAUCACUCUUUGGAAGCAUCUUAAAUAUAUUCUUCACAAUAUAUAAUUAGAGUAAAAAAAGGGAGGGAUGCGCAUCUUUGUUCAAAUGUCUAACGUGUAUGGUUUUGAUACAAUGUAUCAGUCGCAGCUUUGUAAGGUAUGAGAACGAAUGAAUAUGGUGUAACAAUUAAUUAUACAAUGAAUCAGAAUACCACAGUGAAAGAUGAUCGAUGGAAAAAUGCCAAGUACUAUAGUUUGCGAAACGUAACAUUGCAGUUUUGCCGAGAAUGUUCUCUUUUCUGUUAUGUCAAUUAUUGAGUACACGGCUAAUGUUAAUUUGUAUUUAACAUAAUAUUGUUGGAGGAACACUGUUUAAUACUUGGUUUGCGUAUCUUUUACAUAUAUAUCUGUAAAAAAAAUGUAUUUUUACUUUUUAAUAUUCGAGACACGAAUUGUAUGAAGCGUUAGAGUUUGGAAAUAUAACUCGCGCGUUCUUUAAAAAUUUGUCCAAGUUUAAAGAACCAAGAGAACAACAUGUAUAUGUAUUGCGUUGCAUUUCCAAUGGCAUGCCGAACCGCUGAUGGAUGUUCUUAACUCUUAUUGGACUUGGAAUCUGCGUUAACUUGAACGACGAGAAUGAAUAACUCGAGAAUAACGAGAAACUAACGCGAGAUAAAAAAAUCACACUCCAGAGUUGUAUAUCACGUUUAUCGUAGCUCAACGACAAUUUCACCAAAAUCUUUGCAUAUCUCUGAACUUUAGUCGGAAACGAAAGGAAUAGAUUUUUCAAUCUGACACGAGCAUUUUAUGUAAAGCCAUCGUCGUCUUCUAUUUUGGUAAAAUUGUCAGUGACGCUGUACGCCACACUAAACUGUGUUCAAAGGAUAGAAAAAGAAAUUCACUCGUAAACUAAAUAUAAUAACUUAGAACAUUUCGCGCGUCUGCUGAUUUUACGUGAAUGUACGUUCUUUGUAAUAAACAGAUACGCCGUUUUCGCUUCCGGUUGUCCCCUGCUCAACAAUAGAUGCGUGCCGGAAAUGGUACUAUCGCACGACGGUUACGCGGUGAUCAAGCUUGGUCGGUGUAUACACUAUGUUUCACCAACAGAGUUUAAUUGCUACAGCACUACUGGCAUGCGCGAUCAUUGUAUUUCCAGAGCGCGCGACAAUGAAUCGUUAUAUAUUAUGCGUUUGUUUAAUCGCCUCGGCAAUUCACCUCUUAUUCCACAAGACACAAACGACACGAUCGAUUGACGUUUAACUACUAGAUGAACGGCGAACAGUUUCUUUUUCUAAGCGACUCUCAGUUCUCGCGUAUAUGUUUUAUAACGAGUGACAACACACAACGGAGUACAUUCACUACGAUCGCAGAUACUCGGAUUGAAAUCUAAAUCUGGUACAUCUCCUUUUUUGUAAUAUUAAAAAACUGCAAUAUUUUUUACCAGAGGAUGGGACGAGGGAUAUUCGUAAAAAAGAAAAAAGAUGAUCCAACCUUAGAUACAAAAGUACAUACUUUUUAUUGUUCACCUCUAGUUUAAUUAUGAUAGUUAAAGCAAUUGGACGAGUUUUCUUUUUAAAUGGUACCCCCCUUUUAAACAGGCACGCCAGCAUCGUACGAGAGAGUAGGCGUGACCUCAAAAAAAAAGUUACCAUGCAAUUGUUUUCAUCAUUUAGCUAUUGCUUUUGCACACCGAUUCACUUCUUCAAGUCGUAUAGUUAAUUUGAUAAAUAACUAUAAAUAUGAAAUAUUUUCGCCUUUUUUUUAUAUCUGUGAUACGUUUAUCCUUUUGUGUAUAAAAAAAGCACAGACUGAGAAAUAGUAUAGAGCGAUAAUUGCGGUGUUCAAACUGUGAUGCUAAAUGUAAAUGCUAACGGUUCUGUGUAGAAAAUUAUGCACGUUUUAUUUGAAAAGUUAAAUGUUAAAUUACAAUUUAACAUGUUGAAAUCAUACUGCUGUGCAAUAACUCUAUUUAUAAACAAUACACACAAGAGCGUGGGAUGUUGUGUUCCUCGAAGAAAUGAAUCGAGUCGCUGCAAAAAUUAAUACCGUUCAAAGAAGAAAUGUAAUCGCAAUUACGAUCAAGAUAAAUCUUUCUUUUUCCAAUAGCUAUUUGAUGAUAUAAAUAAUACGAUAAUUUUCCACACGUCGAUGAGAAAAAUCACUUACGUUUAAUUACGUGUCUAAUGUGAAUAUUCGAAGCAAGAACAAUUUAGAUAGCAAAGAAAUCCUCUAUUUUGAACCGACGUAAUAAAAUAAGAACAAUCACUCCCCUACAAAUUGAUUAUACAAAAAAAAAAUAAAAGUAACGAGUUAGCGCAAUUUAAA